UCUCUCCUCCUCCCCACCUCUUUCCUCGCAGAGCUGAUGGGCUUUCUUCUGGGAAAGUCGAGCCACUGAUGGAACCGAGAAGCCACUGUUGGCUAUAGAGGGAAAACACCGCACGCCCCUCCAGCCGAGGACCCCAGUGCGCAGUCGCAGGCCGGGAGAACCCCGCAUCCUCCAAUCGUUGGGCAUCCUCCCGCCUCUAGGCGCCCGCCCGCUUCCCCAUGAAUGAACAUUGACGUCAAUGGGGCGGGGCAAUCCCACGUGACACUGCGCGCUCCCGUUUAUAAGGCGGCAGCGGCGCGGGCGCUGUCCAGCGUGCUGAAGCCGGAGCGAGCGAGCCGCCCGGACCCAGCUGAGCCCAGCCCACUGGACGCCAGACCUCGACCAUCGGUCCUAUCCUAGCCACCUCUCGGAGCCGAGGCGGAAGCGUUCCGACCUUCCCUGUCCCCACCCCGCCUCGACCCUCCUCUCCACCUCCUGCGUCGUGACACCAGCUGUCUCCGACAGUCCCCUGGUCAUGAAAUCGCUCAGGUUGCCAGUUUCCGCCCUCUUCUGCUUCCUUCUACUGAUUAAGGGGCUGGGAGGAGCGCCCCCCGGGCGCCUUGAGGCACAGUCACCUCCCCUCAGCUCUGAGCAUAAAGAAUCCGUAGCUGGGGACGCAGUGCCCGGGCUGAAGGAUGGUCGCACCCCAGAGGUCCGAGCCGCUCGAAAUUCAGAGCCGCAGGACGAGGGAGAGCUUUUCCAGGGUGUGGAUCCCCGGGCGCUGGCCGCGGUGCUGUUACAGGCACUUGACCGCCCGGCCUCGCCCCCGGCGCCAGGCGGCUCCCAACUGAAGCCAGCGGAAGAAGCAGCAGAAGCUCUGUUAACUGAGACCGUGAGAAGCCAGACCCACAGCCUCCCAGCGCCAGAGACUCAUGCGCCCGCGGCCCCGCCUCGCCCUCAGACUCAGGAGAACGGUCCCGAGGCGAGCGACCCCUCCGAGGAGCUUGAGGCGCUGGCUGCCCUGCUCCAGGAACUGAGAGAUUUCAGUCCGAGCAGCGCCAAGCGCCAGCAGGAGACCGCAGCAGCAGAGACGGAAACUCGCACGCACACGCUGACCCGAGUCAACCUGGAGAGCCCCGGGCCCGAGCGCGUGUGGCGCGCUUCCUGGGGAGAGUUCCAGGCGCGUGUCCCGGAGCGCGCGCCCCUGCCACCCCCGGCUCCCCAGCAAUUCCAGGUUCAGAUGCCCGAGAGCCGCCCCCUUCCCGAAGCCCACCAGUUCGGGGAAAAAGUGCCUUCCCCCAAAACACACCUAGGCGACGCAUUGGCACCCCUGUCCAAGGCGUACCAAAGCCUGGGCACCCCCUUCCCCAAGGCGCGCCGGCCGGAGAGCUCACUCCUGAGCGGCUCCGAGGCGGGGGAGCGCCUUCUACAGCAAGGGCUGGCUCAGGUAGAGGCAGGGAGGCGGCAGGCGGAGGCCACCCGGCAGGCCGCGGCGCAAGAAGAGCGGCUGGCGGACCUGGCUUCGGACCUGCUACUCCAGUAUUUGCUACAGGGUGGGGCCCGGCAACGCAGCCUGGGGGGUCGGGGGCUGCAGCCGGAGAAGGAGCGAGAGAGCGAGAGGGAGGAGGAGGAGGUGGAGCAGGAGAGACGCGGCGGUGAGGAGAGGGUGGGGGAAGAGGACGAGGAGGCGGCGGAGGCGGAGGCGGAGGCGGAGGAGGCGGAGAGGGCGCGGCAGAACGCGUUACUGUUCGCUGAGGAGGAGGAGGACGGGGAAGCCGCCGCCGAGGACAAGCGGUCCCAGGAGGAGAUGCCUGGCCACCGUCGGCAGGACGCCGAGCGGGCCGAGGAGGGCGGAGAGGAGGAAGACGACGACGAAGAGAUGGACCCACAGACCAUCGAUAGCCUCAUUGAGCUGUCCACCAAACUCCACCUGCCAGCGGAUGACGUGGUCAGCAUCAUCGAGGAGGUGGAGGAGAAGCGGAAGCGGAAGAAGAACGCCCCUCCCGAGCCCGUGCCUCCCCCGCGGGCUGCCCCCUUGCCCACCCCACCACCCCCUUAGUUUCUGCCUCACCCAGAAUAUGGAGUGAAAGAAGGAUAGAGCCCAGUCUCCUAUGAAGCCUGCCCUUCCCCCAACCCUCCCUCCCUCAAAGUGGCAAGGUUAGAAAAAAAUUAACUAUGUUGUUCCUCUCCCGGCACUGGACAGAGGCCCUACUGCAGCCGAGAAGGAAGGGAGGGUGCAGAUGAGGGGGAAGGAUGACCCAGUCACUACACAGAUGCCCCCUUCCCAGCCAGAGAAGCGCCCUGGCUGGCUGCAGGGGGUGGGAGGGGUGGAGGUAGGAUAUGGGGCAGGGAGACAAGAAGAGCCCUGAAAACCUUUUCCCUUUAACCUGACAUAUUUAUAUAUUUACAAUUAUAAGGGAGGAAAGGAAAUUUGGAGUAAUAGUUCUUCAAAGGCAGGGAAUGAAAGCCACAUAGCACCCCCAUCUUGGGUCUUGGUCAUAUUUUCCUGCCUCCCAGCUCCAAAAACCUUCAGUAGGAACAGGGGAAACAGGAGGUAGG